GUGCUCAGAAAACAGCAACAGCCAUGGUGGCAAUCUCUAAUGGAAGAAAACGAGGACGUAGAUAUUGCAAAGCUCAAAGAGAGACUGAAGGAAGGCGAGCUGACUGAUGAGGCAGAGAAACAAUUUUGAGUAUUGCCGAGUUACAGAUUUCAAUUACACGCCGAAUCGAAUCAUUGCUCUUGCUAUAAAUGGCUGGCACUAUAGACGUGAAUCUUCUCUUCCUGAUCGUUGACACGGUUCUUAUUGGAAUUUCAAUCUUCUCAAGCAUCGUAAUUAUUGUGCUCUUCAUACACAAUCGUGAGUUUCGACAGUUGCCGUCAAAUCGACUUCUGUUUAACUUCAUGAUGACCAACUUCUUGCUAGCUGCCACGGGGAUGCUUCUUGCGUUAUCUUCAAAGAAGGGUGAUAAUAUCAACUCUGUGAAAAGAUUCCUGUUUCUAUCUUCGUUUUUCAUCGUUUCACUUAUAUCAUAUACUAUCGCCCUUAUAUUAGUCACAGUCGAUCGGUUUUAUGCUGUCAAAUUUCCAUAUAAAUACCAGCAGAUCAUGAGCAGUAGAAAUGCAAAUUUCGCUAUUGCGUGUUUCUGGAUUGCUGUAUUACUGCUCUCAAUAGCUGCCAUGUUAUCGUCAUUUUUUGGGUACAAGCAUCCCUUCAAGAUCGCAGACAUUGCUCAUUAUAUACUGAUUAUUGUCUCGUUAGCGGGAAUAGCUAUCUUGCUGUCAGCCAAUGUGAUAAUCUUCAAGCAAGUGCGCCGGCAAAUACGUCAUAUUCGUAGCACAACUAUUGGAGAUGAUGGAUCUGUUCAUCGUCACCUUCGACGUCGUACCCAUAAAACAGCAUACCUAUGCCUGUUGCUGGUUGGCUCCUUCACCGUCUGCUGGCUGCCAAAUCUUAUAUCAAGUCUGAUGUUUGUAAUAUCACGUGAUGUCAAAGAAGAUCACUUAUACAUUAGAGCAAGAACGUCUCUUUUCCAUUUGAACCACGUGCUUAAUCCUUUUUUGUAUGUUUUCUUGAAAAGAGAUGUACGAAAAUCGUUAAAGAAACUAUUUUGUAUAGAGCGUAGAGCUAUUGGGCCAUCUGAUACCUCUAGAACUUCAAAUAUUUCAAGAAGUGGUGCCCAGCAAAUGUGACAGAUUUGGAGUAUAUACCUGUCUGUAUGCGUUUUUUGCAAAUACUUAAUUUGGUUUGAUAUGUAUCCAGUCUUCAGUCAUUAAAACAUAUGUUAAUUCUUGGUUCUCUUUCUUUGGUCUACUGCAAAUGGGUUUCGAUUCGGAUAUGUGUUGCU